AUGCCGAUCCUGCUGUUCCUCCUAGACACGUCCGCUUCUAUGAACCAGCGCACCGAGAUGGGUACCACCUAUAUGGACAUAGCAAAAAACGCGGUAGAGGUUUUCCUGAAGCUCCGCUCUCAGGACCCAGCCAGCCGGGCAGACAGGUACAUGCUGGUCACCUCCGAAGACCCGCCCUACUGCAUCAAGGCCGGUUGGAAAGAGAACCAUGCCACAUUCAUGACUGAACUGAAAAACCUUCAUGCUUCUGGACUGACUACUCUUGGCCAGGCUCUGAAAUCUGCAUUCAACUUGUUAAAUCUGAAUAGAUUGGUGUCUGGAAUAGACAAUUAUGGACAGGGGAGGAAUCCAUUUUUUCUGGAACCAGCUCUUUUAAUUGCCAUCACUGAUGGAACUAAGUUGACAAAUAUUGAUGGUGUUGAACAGGAGCUUCAUCUCCCUUUGAACUCUCCUCUGCCUGGAAGUGAGCUAACCAAAGAACCUUUCCGCUGGGACCAGAGGUUAUUUGCCCUGGUGCUGCGUAUGCCUGGGACGUUCUCAUCUGAGCCAGAGCUGCUAGGGAGCGUACCAGCGGAUGACUCUGUUAUUACACAAAUGUGUGAAGUUACAGGAGGCCGUUCCUAUUGUGUUAGAACACAAAAAAUGUUGAGCCAGUGCUUAGAAUCUUUAGUUCAAAAAGUUCAGAGUGGUGUUGUUGUUAAAUUUGAGAAAGCAGGACCGGACCCUGUUCCCCCUGUUGAAGAGAGAAGAGGAAAAAGAGGUAGGUAUGGGACUUCUUGAUCCUCUGGCCAUCAGCCAUGGCACAGCUGUCGCAAGCUAAUUUAUGUGCGCCCCAACCCUAAAAUUGGGGUUCCUGUUGGGCACUGGCCAAUCCCUGAAUCUUUUUGGCCUGACCAAAACUUAUCCACACUGCCUCCUCGGACAGCUCACCCUGUCAUUCGAUUCUUCUGUGUUGACUGUGAGCCUAUGAUCAUAGACAAACUGCCAUUUGACAAAUACGAGCUUGAACCUUCACCCUUAACUCAGUACAUCUUGGAGCGCAAGUCGCCUCUGACUUGUUGGCAGGUAUUUGUUCCCAGCAGCGGGAAUCACAGCGGACUGGAACACCCUUUUGGGUACCUAAAGGCAAGCACUAGCUUAACGUGCGUCAAUCUCUUUGUCCUGCCUUACAACUACCCUGUCUUGCUUCCACUUUUAGAUGAAUUGUUCAAGGUUUACAAGCUUAAUCCAAGCCUGAAGUGGCAGCAGGAGUUUGAUGAGUACAUAAAAUCCACACCUGCAUACUUCCUACCACCAUUAAAGAAAGCACUAAGGAUGAUGGGAGCUCCCAAUGUGAUGCCAGAGAAUUUAGAAUUUGGACUUAACUACAACAUCGCCUCUUAUCUUAAAAAACUCAAACAACAGAGCAAACUUGAGUCGGAGAGAAGGAAUGCAUUGGUGGGGAAGAAGCCUCCCUCUGAGGAUGGAAUCAAACUGAGAACUCUCUGCACUGGCUACCCCAUGAUUUCUCGUGUUAACUGGGGGGCCAAACUGGCACCUACAGCCUCAGGGGAGGCUUUUGUUAGCCUGAUGGAAAUGAAUGGAAGAGAAUCCUCUGGCUUCAAGUUAGCACUCCAAAACAAGGAGCCUCAGCUAUACAAGAAUCCUUUUGACAUUCCUCGGAGCUGUCUUUUGGACCAAUUAACUAGAAUGAGAGCCAAGUUUCUGAACACAUACAAAAAUGUUGUCAGACAAAACGAAGAUUCUUCUCACAGUAUCCCAAUUACCCAAAUGGGCAACUACCAGCAAUAUUUAAAGACUAUGCCUCCUCCACUUCGGGAGAUUGAUUCAGAGCAACCAAAAAGACUUCAUACAUUUGGAAAUCCUUUUAAGCAGAAUAAGAAGGGGAUAAUGGUUGAUGAAGCUGAAGAGUUUAUGACAGAACCUCCAAACAAAGUUAAGCGCUCUGGAAAAUACUCUCUGGGAUCCCCGAAGAAGAAGCGAAACUUGUCCCUAUCCCCUCUAUCAAAGAAGUUACAAACUGCAACCACCAGUGGAAAGCAAAGGCCAUCAACCUCCUCGAUGGCGUCAUCUUCAGGUUUCAAAAGAGCUAUCCCAUUAUACAAAGAUGCGAGUGUAGGCCCAGAUGACAGCGGAAAAAGUUUGGAAAAUGGUGAAUUUCCAGUUAAUUUAUCAUCGCAGUCAGCUGAAGCUAUGGAUGAAGCUAGCGUUCUGAGAAAUGAUUUGGAUGCUCUGCUGAACGAGUUGAAUAGCUUGAGUGGUGGGUUAGUCUAUCCAGCCGUUGGUAACAGAGUUGGUAGAGGAUCUGGAAAUGCCAGUCACUCCCCAAAUGACCAAAUAGCAGCAGCGGGAGCAGCCGCAGCAGGAGCAGCAGCAGCAGGACAGUCAACUUCUGCAUCUGGCUCCAGUUCACUGAACAACCCACAGGAGGAAACCGAAGCUAGUUUCAAAGUUCAAAUACUGAAGGAGGUGCGAAAGCCCGGAAGAAAUUAUGAAAAGAUCUUCACUGUGCUUGAAAAACUACAUGGAUCUGUGGAAACCCAGAAACGUUUGAUUUUUGUUGCAAUCAAGGAGGCAGCAAGGUUUAAAAAACGAGUUUUAAUUCAACGUCUUCAGAUGCUGUUAGAAGAAAUACACUUUCACAACCUCCCAACCCAUACCACUAACACUGAACACAACAGUGACAACAAUGAGGAUGACAGCGAUGACGACAGCGACAACAACAAGGUUGACAGUUUCAGCUGA